GGGAUGAUCAAGAUAAGAGGUGACCAAUGCUGGCGGGAUCUGACAUGUAUGAACUAUCACUAUGAGACUCAGCCAGUGCCAAAUCCAAUGAGUUAUUUUAUGCACCAGUCUCCAGAGAUAUUCCACAAGUGUGAAACUCUGGUCAAUCAUUUUAUCGAGUUGGUGGUUCCAUUUUUCAUCUUUCUGACGAGACGAUUUCGCAUUUGGUGUGGCAUUUUACAAAUUCUUUUUCAGGUUACUUUGAUCAUCAGCGGCAACCUGAGUUUCCUAAACUGGCUGACCAUUCUUCCCAGUCUGAUGUGCUUUGAUGACAAAAGCCUGGCUUUCUUGUUCUCGUCAUCGUCAGCCAAGAGACAAGUGAUUAAAAUACGGAAGCUUCAAAUGACUGGUUCAACUGCGUCAAAACCUACUUGGGGUCUGUGUGUUCGUCGUGUGUUCGAGCUUAUGCUUGGAAUCGUGAUAGCGUAUCUUAGUAUCCCUGUGGUGCAGAAUCUUCUUUCCUCUCGUCAAGCCAUGAAUACAUCGUUUGACUCUUUCAGGAUUGUGAACACUUAUGGCGCCUUUGGAAGUGUAACCAAAGAAAGAACUGAAGUGAUCUUUCAAGGUACAAGAAACCUGACAAUAACACCGGAUGAUGAAGGUGGUAUCUGGGAAGAAUAUCAGUUCAAAUGCAAACCAGGUGACCCCCGCAGGCGGCCUUGUCUGAUUUCGCCAUAUCACUACAGACUGGACUGGCUUAUGUGGUUUGCAGCUUUUCAGAACUUUCAGUACAACCCCUGGCUAAUACACCUGGCGGCCAAACUUCUUGUUAACGAUGAACAGGCCACUUCACUAAUAGCACACAACCCAUUUUUUAACGGUACACCUCCACAUGUUAUUCGUGGUGAACACUACCUAUAUAAAUUCACAAGAAUUGACAGCGAAGAAGCACGUUCUGGAUUCUGGUGGAAACGCAGGAGAAUUGGGCCAUACUUUCCACCAGUAACAAUCAAUUCACGAGCUGUUAGAGACUACUUGCAAUCUCACGGAUGGAGGGUGCCGAAACCAAAGAACAACAAUUCCCGAAAAACGUGACUCUAACAGAAAUUUAUACAAUUUAUCGAUUACCAUGAAUCUGGUAUACGAUCUUUAUGGUGGGUCAAGCUUUAAAAUAAUUUGCACAUGCGCAUUCCGCAGUAAGAUCAGAAUUUCCCAGAGAAUUUGCGACUUUUUUUUUCAGCAUCUCUUUGUCAUGAUUUAUGGAAACUAGUUAACGUAUUCAACAAAAUUUGCGAGUAAAGCCCCGUCUACACGAGCAAUUUUUAUGAGGCAACUGUAUGUGGCAAUUCAGUUUAUUUGCCCGUGUUGAUGGCUCGACAAAUAUUUGUUAAUUUGCGUCAGUAAUAAUUUUGCACAGCGGAGAUGCUCAUGGAAAGGAUAAAAGCAAGAUGGCGAAAGUCAAGACGUGCCAGACGUGUUGCAGCUUUUGGCGCGUUUGUCACAUUUUAUGUGGCGUCUCAUCUACACGGACAAUUUUUAAAUACCACAUAAAAACUAACACGCCAGC